GGAGACACGCCCACUGUGCCGAAUGACUCCGCUCGAGCGCAGAGCGAGCUUCAGCAGGCGCUGCUUGGAGACGCGGCAUCGGGAAUGUAUUGAAAAAUAAAGCUCGGGUAAAAACUCUCGGACUACAGGAGGGCCGAACAUGAAUGAUUAUUUAUUUGUAAUAGCAAUAUAAACCGACCCGACUCCUGAAAAGGAGGAGCAGCAUGGCAGAAUAAGAGGAGCGCCGCCGCCGCUGUAGCUACCUGCUUAAGCCGAUCAACAGAAGCACCGAUACUGAAGAGUUGACAUACACAGGACGCGCUGAUCCUGCUGGCUGUGGAUCAUGACGACUGGACAGGAUGAAAGUUCUGUACGAGUGGCUUUGAGGAUCCGUCCUCAGCUGGCAAAAGAGAAGAUUGAAGGAUGUCACAUUUGCACAUUUGUGACCCCUGGAGAGCCCCAGGUGAUUCUGGGAAAGGACAAGGCCUUCACCUACGACUAUGUGUUUGACAUGGACUCUCAGCAGGAUGCCAUUUACAGCAACUGCACUGAGAAGCUCAUUGAAGGCUGCUUUGAGGGCUAUAAUGCCACGAUCUUCGCGUACGGUCAGACUGGCUCAGGGAAGACAUACACCAUGGGCACGGGUUUCGACGUGAACAUCAGCGAAGAUGAGCAAGGCAUUAUCCCACGUGCAGUGAGCCACCUCUUCAGGGGCAUCGAGGAGAGGAAGCAAGCCGCAAUGGAGCAGGGUCGCCCUGUGCCAGAAUUCAAGAUCAAUGCCCAGUUCUUAGAAUUGUAUAACGAGGAAGUGCUGGACCUGUUUGACACUACGCGGGAUGUGGAAGCCAGAAAGCAGAAAUCGAACAUUAAGAUCCAUGAGGAUGCCAAUGGAGGGAUCUACACAGUGGGAGUCACCACACGCACAGUUUCCACUGAAGCUGAGAUGAUGCAGUGUUUGAAGCUGGGCGCUCUUUCCCGCACCACCGCCAGCACCCAGAUGAACGUCCAGAGCUCACGCUCCCAUGCCAUCUUCACCAUUCACCUGUGCCAAGUCCGUGUCUGUGCUUCCAGCAACAACAAUGAGACAGACAACAGGCUGGCCAAUGGCUCCUCAGAGAUGAACGAGUUUGAAACCCUCACUGCCAAGUUUCACUUUGUGGACUUGGCUGGUUCAGAGCGGCUGAAGAGAACAGGGGCGACGGGGGACAGAGCUAAAGAGGGCAUCUCAAUCAACUGUGGACUGCUUGCUCUGGGUAAUGUCAUCAGUGCUUUGGGAGACAAGAGCAAGCGCUCCACACAUGUGCCGUAUCGUGACUCAAAGCUCACACGUCUCCUGCAGGACUCUCUGGGAGGGAACAGUCAGACAGUGAUGAUAGCCUGUAUCAGCCCCUCAGACCGGGACUUCAUGGAAACCCUGAACACGCUGAAGUAUGCUAACAGAGCACGUAACAUCAAGAACAAGGUUAUGGUGAAUCAGGACCGAGCCAGCCAGCAGAUCAGUGCCCUUAGAACUGAGAUCGCACGGCUGCAGAUGGAGCUCAUGGAGUACAAGACGGGUAAGCGCAUGGUAGGUGAGGACGGCCUGGAAAGCGUUAACGAUAUGGUCCACGAGAACACCAUGCUACAGACGGAGAACAAGAACCUGCGUAUCCGUGUCAAGGCCAUGCAGGAGACCAUCGAUGCUCAGAGAGCUCGACUAACACAGCUGCUGACUGAACAGGCCAACCAGGUCCUCACUAAAGCAGGUGAAGGGAAUGAGGAAAUUGGCAACAUGAUCCAGAAUUAUAUCAAAGAAAUUGAGGAGCUCAGGGCCAAGCUGUUAGAGAGUGAGGCAGUUAGUGAGAGCCUGCGUAGGAGCCUCUCACGUGCUACCACACGCUCCUCUCUGUACGGAGGAAGCACCUCAAUCCCCCCAGCUCUCCUUGGCCCAGAGAAGGAGGCAGCUGACAUAAUCGAGAUCGCCAAGAAGAACCUGGAGAAACUCAAGAGGAAGGAGAAGAAGAAAAAGAAGAGACUACAGGAGAUGGUAAAGUGUGCUUACGACGACCCUGACAAAGACAGUGUCAUUAAAGAGGAGGGGCCUGACAAUGACCAGGACAAAGAGCCCUCAGACAGAACCAGUGAGGAGCCAGAGGCAGAAGGAAGCGAUCAUGAGGAGGGAGAUGACUGUGAGGGAGAGGAAGAGGAGGAUGAGAUGGAGGCAGACGAGAGCUCAGAUGAGUCAGACUCAGAGCUGGAUGACAAAGACAGUGUCCAAGAAGAUCUGGCCAACAUUACUUGUGAGAUUGCCAUUAAACAGAAGCUGAUUGAUGAACUGGAGAACAGUCAGCGGCGUCUUCACACUCUGAAACAGCAGUACGAGCAGAAACUCAUGAUGCUGCAGCACAAGAUCCGCGACACGCAACUGGAGAGAGACCGGGUGCUGCACAGCAUGGGCUCUGUGGAGUCGGGCACGGAGGAGAAGGCGAAGAAGAUCAAGGCCGAGUACGAGAGAAAGCUGAGCUCAAUGAAUAAGGAGCUGCAGAAACUGCAAUCGGCUCAGAAGGAGCAUGCGCGCCUGCUAAAGAACCAGUCACAGUAUGAGAAACAGCUCAAGAAGCUCCAACAGGAGGUCUCCGAGAUGAAGAAGACAAAGGUUGGGUUGAUGAAGCAAAUGAAGGAGCAGCAGGAGAGGAGCCGUGCCUCAGAAACCCGCCGCAACCGUGAGAUUGCCACACUCAAGAAGGAUCAGCGCAGACAGGAGCACCUGCUACGCCAGCUGGAGGCUCAGAAGAGACAACAGGAGCUCAUUCUGCGCAGGAGAACAGAAGAGGUGACGGCUCUGAGGAGGCAAGUUCGACCCGCCUCAGGAAAGGUGAACCGGAAGAUCAGCUUGCCUGAGCCUUUACAUGAGACUGCUGCACGUCCUGGACCCAUCCGAUCACACACUGCUGGGACUAGUGCGCCUGACGGAGCCAGGAAAUACCAAAUGCGGUCAGGGGGCGUGUCCUCCACCAAAACAGCGCGCGCCAAAUGGCAGUCACUGGAGCGCCGUGUCAGUGACAUCAUCAUGCAAAGGAUGACCAUCUCCAACAUGGAGGCAGAUAUGAACCGUCUCCUGAAGCAACGGGAAGAGCUGACCAAGCGCAGAGAGAAGGUGUUAAAGAAAAGGGAUAAAACUGUAGCAGAGGGCACUGACACAGACAGGACCAUCCAGUCUCUCAACGAGGAGAUGGAGUCUCUCACAGCCAACAUUGACUACAUCAAUGACAGCAUCGCUGAAUGCCAAGCCAACAUCAUGCAAAUGGAAGAAGCGAAGGAGGAGGGUGACACAGUGGAUGUCACUGCAGUGAUCAGCUCCUGCACUCUAUCAGAGGCCCGCUUCCUUCUUGACCACUUCCUGUCGUUGGCCAUCAAUAAGGGCCUGCAGGCAGCACAGAAAGAGUCUCAGAUCAAAGUAAUGGAGGGCCGGCUGAAGCAGACAGAAAUCAACAGUGCCACGCAGAACCAACUUCUCUUCCACAUGCUGAAGGAGAAAGCCGAGCUCAACCCGGAGCUAGACGCUCUGCUGGGGAAUGCUCUGCAAGAGCUAGGUAACACAGCAUCUGAGAAUGGUGAGGAAAGCAGCAGUGAUGAAUCUGACCGGAGUCCAGCUACUGAGGGGAGCUCUUUGGCCUCAGACUUGAUGAAGUUGUGUGCAGAGUCCAAACCCAGGAGUAAGGCUCGAAGAAGAACCACCACCCAGAUGGAGCUGCUGUAUGCCAACAGCGCUGACCCUGAUGCCCCUCUGGACGAUUUCUCAGCUCCUCUCUUAUCCAUUUCUGAAAGCUCAGAGGGCAUUGGGACCCUAGUGUCUUCUUCGAUGGACAGAGACCUGGCCACAAAUUUCUCAUCCAUAACAAGUGUUUCGUCUGGUGUCAGGUCUCCCACAGUGAUGGAGAAGAGAUCAGCAGAACGCUCACCUCUGACACGCAGGACUAAUCAGGACAGGAGUCAGACAUCCACAGACAAGCCCAAGGGUCAAGACACAAAACAAUUUGAUGACCCCGUUGUUUACGAGGUUCAAAGAGGAGUGAUCAACCCUGUGCCGUGCCCUAAGGGUGGUCAAGCAACCAAGCUUCAGUGUGUGUAUGCAGCAGAAGGACACACUAAAGCCCUAAUGUGUGUGGAUUCCACUGAUGAUCUACUAUUUACCGGCUCAAAGGACCGGACAUGUAAGGUGUGGAACCUGGUGACAGGCCAGGAGAUCAUGUCUCUUGGUGAUCACCCCAGCACUGUGCUGUCUGUCAGGUACUGCUCCAGCCUCGUCUUCACCGUCUCUACCACCUACAUCAAAGUGUGGGACAUCAGGGAUUCGGCCAAGUGCAUCCGUACACUCACGUCCUCUGGUCAGGUGUCUCAGGGUGAUAGCUGUGCUAAUCUGGGCAGUCGAGCUGUUGCCAUACCUCCUGGUGAGAAUCAGAUCAACCAGAUUGCCCUGAAUCCUUCUGGAACUUUCCUGUAUGCUGCAGCAGGCAACUCAGUCAGGAUGUGGGAUCUGAGGAGGUUUGUUUCUACAGGGAAACUGACAGGUCAUCUGGGGCCAGUAAUGUGUCUAGCAGUGGACCAGCUGGGGAAUGGUCAAGAUGUGGUCAUUACAGGCUCCAAAGACCACAGCCUAAAGAUGUUUGAUGUCUUUGAAGGAGCUCAAGGAAGCAUUCCUUCUACUCAUAACUUUGAGCCAGGGCAUCAGGAUGGCCUGGAGGCACUGAGCAUUCUGGGAGACUCAGUGUACAGCGCAUCCAAAGACCACUGCAUCAGGAGAUGGGACCUGUCUAGCAAACAGCUCAAACAGCAGGUUGACAGGGCACACUCUGAUUGGGUGAGCGGUCUGGCGGUGGUGCCGGAUUCCAGGAUUUUAUUGAGCGUGUGCAGAGGAGGCCUCCUGAAGCUGUGGCACUCAGACACACUCAGACCCCUGGGGGAACUGAGAGGACACGACUGUGCCAUCAAUGGCAUCUCCGCCAACAGCACUCAUCUAUUCACUGCCUCAGAUGAUCGGACAGUGAGGAUCUGGCAGGUUAAAGGCUCUCUGGAUGACGGGCUUUACUGACUCAAACACAUGAUGUGACUCAGAAACUGAGAGUAUUAUUUGCACAACAGAAGAAACACGACACUCUUUGCUGGCUGUUUUGUUUUCUGAAAGUUUGCUAGUUUUCUCACUCGGUGGAGUGUGUGUGUGUGUUUGCUGGCUUUGUUUUUCCCUCAACAUACAGCAUCCCAUGUGUGCUCCUUUAACUGACAGACAACAAAGCUGAACAGCGUACCUCUGAAAGUGCCCUGCUCCUGAGCACUGCCAACAGUUCUCAUAUGAAUUUAGGUCACAUGCUCAUCGCUGGCUGGUGCAUAAACCAAAGCUGGGCUUUGGUGCUGUAAGUGCAGUAAAACUGGCUAAAACAUAGUGAAGACUUACUGAAACUUUUUUGAAUGUAUGUGAUUGUGAUUUCAUGUUGACUGAAUGGGACCAACAUGCUCUUAAAUUAAACCUUACGCAAGCCUUGAUGUCAGUUCUCUUUAAUGGUUGAUGUCCAAAGUGAAAAGUGUUGCCGUUAAUCUCAAAACACAAAGAAAGCAUCUUUACCUUCAACGUCAUUACAACUGGUACAAAUAUUUGUGCACCCAUGUGUUUUAGUUUUACAGACUGUCAUAUCUACUGUAUUUGUGAUGUAUGUUAGUGUGUCUGAUUUAUGAAGUGCUGAUCUUUAAAUGUACGUACACUGUUGCCCGGAUAGGGUUUGGAUGUACAUGGGAUCACUGACUAUAACUUAAUCACUGUCUUAACUAAGUCUGUUCUGUCUGGAUAAAAUCCCAGGUCAAUACAAAUCAUGUCUGAAAGGA